ACAAACGAAGGCAAAGAAGAAGCAGCGCAGAGCAAGAUGGCGUCGCGGUAUUACCAGGAGAUGCAAGAGAGCUUUAGGAGCAACAACAAGAGCCGGGAGUUCCCGGCGCACACGGCCAAGGUGCACUCCGUGGCGUGGAGCUGCGACGGCAGGAGGCUCGCUUCCGGUUCUUUUGAUAAGACCGCGAGCGUGUUUGUCCUCGAGAAGGACCGCCUGGUGAAGGAGAACAACUACAGAGGCCACAGUGACAGCGUGGAUCAGCUCUGCUGGCAUCCCACCAACCCGGACCUCUUUGUCACGGCUUCCGGGGACAAGACCAUCCGCAUAUGGGACGUCCGCACCACCAAAUGCAUCGCCACCGUCAACACCAAAGGGGAGAACAUCAACAUCUGCUGGAGCCCCGACGGGCAGACCAUCGCUGUGGGCAACAAGGACGACGUGGUGACCUUCAUCGACGCCAAGACGCACCGAUCCAGAGCUGAGGAGCAGUUCAAGUUUGAGGUGAACGAGAUCUCCUGGAACAACGACAAUGACAUGUUCUUCCUCACCAAUGGCAACGGCUGCAUCAAUGUGCUCAGCUACCCGGAGCUGAAGCCCAUCCAGUCCAUCAACGCUCACCCGUCUAACUGCAUCUGCAUCAAGUUCGACCCGACGGGGAAGUACUUUGCAACAGGAAGCGCAGACGCGCUGGUCAGCCUGUGGAACGUGGAGGAGCUGGUGUGCGUCCGCUGCUUCUCCAGGCUGGACUGGCCGGUGAGGACGCUGAGCUUCAGCCACGAUGGGAAGAUGCUGGCCUCGGCCUCGGAGGACCACUUCAUUGACAUCGCCGAGGUGGAGACGGGAGAGAAGCUGUGGGAGGUGCAGUGCGACUCGCCCACCUUCACGGUGGCCUGGCACCCCAAGAGGCCUCUGCUGGCCUACGCCUGCGACGACAAGGAGGGAAAGUACGACAACAACCGCGAGGCCGGCACAGUGAAGCUGUUCGGCCUCCCCAACGACUCCUGAACCACACGAGGAGGAGGAGGUGGAGGAGGAGGAGGAGGUCCUCUUAUACCCAGAUAAAAACACACAACUCCCACUGCUGUAAUAUACUGUUUUUGUGUAAGAUAGAUGAUUGUUUUGAUAUUAAAAUGGGUCUCUUUAUUAAUA